AUGUACAUAAAAAAAUAAUGAUUUAUAAAGAUACUGUUUAUUUUUAGCUAAACUGGUUUAAAUAUAUAUGCCUAAUGGCUGAUAAUCAAUUGAGCGAUUCCGGCAGUCACGGCCCUAUUCCUUUGCAUGCAUCAGGUCUGUCUAUUCCAUUCGCUGCUUUCUUUAUUGUGGGUGAAAUCGCCGGGUCUGGGGUGUUAGCCCUCCCCAAAGCCAUCGAUGACUCAGGUUGGAUCGGCCUCGUUUUGAUUGUGGCAUGCGCACUCCUGUCUUCCUACACGGGGAGCAUUCUGGGACAGGCAUGGCUAAUUGUUAGAGAAAGAUACCCACAAUACAAAGAGCAUUGUCCAAAUCCAUACCCAGUGCUAGGAGAAAAGACUUUUGGGAAGAAAGGAAGAUAUGUGGUCUCCUUCUCCAUUAACUUCACGUUGUUUGGAGUGUCUACAGUCUUCCUGCUCCUGGCUGCAGGGAACAUAGAGGAUUUGAUAGAAGACUGGACUGGCACCGAUCUGUCCUUCUGCGUGUGGCUGAUCAUUCUAGCUGCCGUCAUCUGUCCGUUUACAUGGUUUGGCACUCCGGUCGAUUUUUGGCCAGUUGCGGUGGGAGCAACACUUGCUACAGCUGUUGCGUGUAUUCUACUUAUCAUCAAAGUUGCUUUAGAUGAGGGAACAUAUGACCCUAUACUACACUCAAAGACAGAGUUCGAGCCAUUCUUUAUGGCGUUUGGGACUAUCGUAUUUGCCUUUGGGGGCCACCCUGCCUUUCCAACCUUCCAGACAGACAUGAAGAAACCCAGUGACUUCAAGUGGGCUGUGACACUAGGAUAUAUAAUUGUGAUGUUGAUGUACCUUCCUAUAUCCACCAUUGCGUACUUUGUCUACGGCAAGAAUGUCAGUUCGAACAUUCUCCUAAUGCCUAAUGGCGGGCGCCUUAAUCAGGUCGUGGAGGUCAUGAUCACACUUCACUUACUUCUCGGUCUGUUGAUUGUUAUCAACCCUUUCUGUCAGGAGCUAGAGUCAUACGCCAGGGUUCCUAAAAAUUUCACGUGGAAGCGAUGUGUAUUUAGGUCAGUGGUUGUAGCCUUCAUACUUUUCAUGGCGGAAACGAUCCCCACAUUUGGCGCCAUUUUAUCCUUAGUGGGCGGAUCCACGGUGACGUUGUUAGCCUACAUCUGUCCGUCUCUGUUCUAUCUCAAACUUAAGUCUGUUCGUCAGGAGGACAUGGUGGAAAUCAUAAAUGGAAACAAGGCUGAUAGUAUUAGUCUUCCAGAUGAAGAAAGUCGUGGUCUUCCGCUGUGGGUUAAGGUCCUAAACAUUGAAAUCAUUCUACUGGGAGCCGUGGCCGGUAUCGCCUCGACUUACUCCGCCAUUAAGUCCAUCAUCAGCAGCGACUUCUCCAAACCGUGUUACGUAUGAAGAAGCAGUGGUUCAUAUCAGUAUUAACUCUUACGUCCCGGGGGAUUUCGUCACCAAGGGUUUUAACAUUCUUCGCCCCCCAAAAAAUGGCAGGAGAGAGAGAGCGAUAUAUUUUGUACAGGGAAUGAUUUCCGGUGCAUAAAAAUGAGAUUUGUCAUUCCUUAGUGAUAAUAAUAUAAUAUAAUAACAGUUAAAAGAAAUAAUUUGAUAAAUGCUUUAUUGAUGUCAAUUUAUAUUACAAAGUUUAAUACAUACACAGUGUUUAUUUAAAUGCUGAUUAUUAUAUAGAAAUGGAAAAUUUGAAGGGAACGUCAAAAACAUUUACUCAAUAUAAAAGAAAUGAAAACUAAAAUUCUCUAAAUAAAAUACUUUCUUGCUUCAUUUUGACUUUCGCUUUCUUCACAGU